CGUUGACGGAUUAAAACCAACUGCAGAUCAACUAACCACCCGAGGUUUCAGUAUAUAAAGGAACAAUUAUGCUUACCAUUACAAACAGAACUUUAGGAAGCAUUUAAGAGAAAUAAACAUUAAAAGGAAAAUAACCGAAAUGGGAUUCAAGUACCUUCUUGUACUCGUGCUGCUGUUUGCUCUUCUGAACCCAACGGAGGCUUGGUCAUUAAGAAAGAAACUUAGGAAAAUUGGGAACAAAAUCAAAGAAGCUGUGAAAAACGUUGGGUCAGGCGUUAAGAAUAUUGUCAAAAAUGUCGGAGGUGUGAUAAAGGAUAUAAAGUGUAAAAUUCUGUAUCGCCUCGUCUGCCCCCGAGUUCCCCCAUUACCCUGGCCGACUAGAAUGGUUCUAGGCGCUGGUGCUGGCGCGACAGGAGCACUUGUAGCGGGCCCCAAAGUCGUCCCCCCAUUCGGCUGUCGAGUGCAACGGACAAAUUGCAAAAGAAGUGUUGAAAACGGCGUGGCAGUGCUGGCGUUCUCAGACGACUUUAGUGACUACGAUAUGAACGGAGACAAACGUAUUGAAUAUGAGGAGUUUGUAUUCACCGUCAUGAAAUCAGUCGGGUUGGCUGAUCCACUAGAGCUGAGGGAACCGUUCAAGUUCGCGGACAUGAAUCUUGAUGGUGAACUUAACAUGCAGGAGUUUAAUGGAGCGCCUUUCCUCUUUGCACACGCAAACUCCCAUCAGCAUAAAAAAGAGGACACGCCAGAAACAACCCCUUCUUUGGAAGUCAGCACUGCUGCAUAAUCAUGGAAUAUUUCUUUUAGAAAGUGUAUUUAUUCAUUACCUUCCUGUUCAUAAAACAGGUUUUAUAAUGUCUCGAUAAAUCUUAAGCGAAACAGGAUUUAGUAUCUUAUUUCUUCAGUAAAAUUGCUUUUUUAAGCUUUUUUCAAAACAAAAAAAAUCAAUAAUUUCUUAAGGCCACAACAAAUUGAUCAUUUGUUCGUCGGAUUUGCCGCACCUAAAAUUCGAAAAACGAAAAAAAAAUAAAAAAACUUUUUUUUUGCGCCCGCACUUACUAUUUUGCCGCGCAUAUUAUUUAUUUAUUUUUACUUCCGAAUUUCCUCUAUUUUCUGAAGUUUUUUUUACUUAAAAUUUGAACCUGUAACGUCGACUUCGCCUUUUUUUGAAGUUAUUUCCAUGCUUUACAUUCUCCGCGAGCAAACUUUCCUCGUGUCAAGACAAAAUCAGGUCCGGGUAACCGCAAAACAGCCGAUAUUUGUUGACAGUCUUAUUUGUCGGGAAUAUUUUGCAGGACGCACCGUUGUUAUCUAUUUCCGGUAUUAAUUUGCAGGAUACUUUCAGUUUUAGUUAAUGUAAAAUACACAUUUUUAAUUGAAAAUCAGUGUCAUAGUCAAUGGAUUAUAGUCUUCAGUAAACAACAACAG